UGAGUGUGGGGAGCAGAUUUGUGCUGGUGUCUCAGGGCUAAAUAGACGCAAAGUACCAGACCAGACCCACGUGUACAGCAUUCUCUGAUAGAACCCCGGAAACCACUACUAAAACAUCUUUCUGGUGCAUCGGCCCCGCGGAGUCGGAGUGAUUGUGACUGGGUCAUUGUGCAGCUACUCCCGUCCCACCGCUACCCCGCCCCUUCGCGGCGCUACCCCGGGCGGCUGACUGCGGCUCCCCAGCCUGACCAUGGAGUGCGGCAUCUGCACCGAGCUCUUCGACGCCACCGAACGGGUGCCCAAGGUCCUGCCGUGCGGGCACACGGCCUGCCUGCGGUAUCUGGGGCUGCUGACCGACAGCAGGUGCCCGACGUGCCGCCAGGACUUCAACGACCCGCCGGAGGGACUUCCCACCAACUACCUGGCGUUGCAGCAGCCGAACAAAAUCGGACUUUACAGAAGUCCCUGCGCCUGGUGCUCGGACUUCCGCGCCGCCGCCACGCCCUGCUGCUGGGAGGACCACGACGUCCUGCCAGUCAGGAGUGCCCUGAGGCGUCAGCUGCAGGACGCGCAGCCGCAGGCCGACGAGCAGCUCCAGGGCCUCCGCGACGAGCAGGCCCUGGCCGCCCUCACCCUGCUGACCGGCGAGACCUGGGACGUGACGUUGCGGGGCGGUGGCCGCGAGCUGACGGGGACCCUAGGGCACGCCGAGGACCCCGCCAAGAAGAUGCUGAGGCUCCUGCUGGCGGCGGCGCUUACCGAGGUAGAGGACCGAGCCGCCACUCCGGACUCACCACCUGCUGCGGGCAGUCCGCCUACAGCGGUCAGUCCGCCUACAGCGGUCAGUCCGCCUACAGCGGUCAGUCCGCCUACAGCGGUCAGUCCGCCUACAGCGGUCAGUCCGCCUCGUGCCACCCAGGACUCCCCAGCUACCGAGGCGCUGCUACAGUGGGAGAUGGAUGUAGGAGCUUUCAGCGACAGUGAACCCGGCGCACACCAGCAGGAGAAGGCCGCCGCUCUGCGGGACGCGCCCGGGGUGAUGCGGCUGGUGAAUGUGAUGUGCCGCGCGGACCCCGCCUGGAGCCUCCAGCUGCUGCAGCUCGCCGGACCCACGGUGGAGCAGCUCUUUGUAUUCCGGGUCUCCGAGGCGCACCUUCUCGCCGUGCACGCUAUGCCGCGGCUGCGGAGGCUGGAGGUGUUUGGGGACUUUGAUCCGGACGUGAUCCCCAUGCUGCCCGCGCUCCCGCCGAGUCACGCCGGCCUAGAGUGGCUCCGUGCGUGGGACCUCCCCCGCCCCACGGUUCGCAGCCUCCUGAACGCGCACGCCCACUCCCUGCAAACGCUGCAGCUGGAAGUGGGCACACAGGGGAACAAGUCGUGGCCAAGGGGCUGCCCCGACCUGCCCGUGCUGCUGCAGCAGUGCGGCCUGCGGGAGCUGGUGAGGCUCGUGCUGUGCAGGGGCUGUCGUCGGUGGUACGAACGACGGCGGUGCCGCGAGCAGCGAGCCAAAAUACGCCAUGCGCUGCCCGGGCUCGAAGUGCUGUGCUCAAAGUGCGACUUAGCGCCACUGGAUAGUGUAUUUCGACUAACGGAGGAAGAAGAAUAGCGGUGUUAAGAGGCAAACGCGGCUUUAGUUAUUUAACGUUGCAAGCUGUGCACUAGCGCCCCCUAGAGUAAGACGUAAGGUAGCUACGCUUAACCUAAGAUUGUGCGGGACCCCUCUUAGUUAACAGCGGGUAGAACAUAAAGGUUCCUGAUUGGCCGAGCGCUUACCCCCACUACCGUCGUCACGUAGAGGCGGGAAACUCUCGAGCAAUCGGUAACGUUCAUGUCCUACCCGCUCUUCUUCUUCCUCGGAUCUAGGCCCACUCACCCAGGAGCGAUUGACCCAACGUAACUUUGGCCCAGAUAUAAUUCACCCACAAGUAUUUCACCCCGGUUUAUUCAUCCAUGUGUAUGAUUGAACCAGGGAGCUCUUCACCCAGAUUUAAUUUUGUUUUCAUAAACAAAGGAACAUUUUCACAAGGCCACAAGGCAAACGCAGAAGCGCCUUUUACGUCUACUACUCACUCACAGUGGUUUUAACACAACGAAUCACAAAGGCCGAAAAAGGUAACUGAAAACACGUAAUGCACAGUAACUUUCAAUCUUUAAGAACUUUCCUGCCAGAAAAAAAUUAUUCAUUACUUGAGCUCAAGGGUGUGUAACAAAAGUGAUAAAAUGUGAGUUACAAACUGUUACGAGUUCUUCUCGCGGCACUUCCUGAUUCUAUGUUUCUAUGUACACCUCGCCCCCAAAUAGUCCGAAAUAAAGGCGAAAUAGACCCGAAAUAGACCCGAAAUAGACGCGAAAUAGUCGGUGAAAUAGUCGCGAAAUACCACCGAAAUACCGCGAAAUACCCUGAAAUAAUCCGAAAUAGGCGAUAAAUAGCCGAAAUGGCAGGAGAAUAGCACGAAAUAGCCCGUAUGCUACGAACCCAAGUGAUUUCCCCCUCGAGCAAGAUCUGUCGGACUUAAUUUAUUUGUGGGUGAAUUGUUCAGGAAUGGGCGAGAUGAAAUCAAGGGUGAACGGACCUUGGGUGAAUAAUAGGGGGUGAAAAGACACGUUGUACCGUCCUCUAUUAUGUUUGUUUGUAUGUUGGCACUAUUGGUUCCUAUCUUGUGUUUACCGUAAUGCUUAUUGGCAACCCCUUUCGUGUUAUUAGCAGUCUAUAGUUUACUUGGUCAACUCAGUACAAUAAAGAUGUCACUACUGCCUCUGAA